AUGAGCGUAAAGCAUGUCGAUUGCUGCUUCCCAGGAUUGAGGGAUAUGUGUAUGGUCAUGGGAUGGAGCAGUUCUUGCACUUGCUAUUAGUGACUUAAUGUUCAUCAGAUUGGUUCUGAGAGGUUCUAUCCAGGCAGUCCUGUUGUAUCUCCGAAUUCUAGGAUGAAGAUGAUGAUGAUGGUCAUGAUCAUGAUUGUAGAACCAUGUAGGAACUUUCUAGCGUCCUUGUCGCGUUGUGGUUCAGGGGUAGUCUACCCACCAAGAACGUUGUAGACUUAAACUGACUCUACCUCCCCGGUCGGCAGCACCAGACCAACACUCUUGUUUCUCCCUCCAUUUCAAUAUUGUCGCAGUGCCUUUGUCAGAAAGGCCACAAUGGAUGCUGGACGCAGUGGAUGACGAUCUACGAAGAUGGAAAAGCAAUUACACGCCGAACGCGGAGAAAGUUUCAACCUUUGCAGCAAAUAAAGCACUAGGAGAAGUGACGUCUGGGUCUACUACAAUUGCAGCAAAGAAAGCACUUCCAAAAGACGAUCAAGCUCAACAUGCGCUCCAAAACUAUGGCAACCGCCUAUAUCGCACUUUUGACCCUGACCAUCCAGACGUAUGCGAAAUUUUCCUCCAGUGGUGUCCAAGGAAAAUUAUCGGGAGGAACUGUGCACCACUCAUUUCUGAGACAGAUGAUGGUCGUGAACUUGUGGUGAGGGGAACAGACACGGAAGGACAAACGGGAAAAACAGACACGGAGGACCUCCACGGAGUUGUAGACAAGAAAUUGCUGAACUCCUCCGACUACGACAAUAGGCUACCCUAUUCUUGGCAAACUGUGGAAAGUUGGCAAGGCGCCAAGUUGUUUCAAGCCUGGUUCAUCGUUGCUAGAUUAAGGGUAGGCUUUAGGUGCGUCUGUUACCGUUUGUGCUGGGUCUCCUAAUGGAGAAAAGCAUAACAGAGGGGGGGUAGAGGAAACACCAAAACCCUACCUCUAACUAGACUCUCGCCCGUGCCUGACGAGUGCAGUCCUGAAAAAAAGCCCUUCGGAGUCCGCUUCUACCAGUCUUUACAGCCUGAAUCCUUUGACUUCACCACUGGUACUAGGGUG